AUGGCACCAUCUCUCGAGCAGCUUGACGUUCGAGCCGACCUCAACCGUUUCUCUGAGGGAAAUUUCUACGCGUGGCGCACAGAGAGCGGUGAAUGGACGGCGCCUGUGUUUCCCAAGCUCAAGGUACUUCAGCUACUGGGCAACUCAGGUCCCUCUUCCUACAUUGAAAUGUCGCUCUUCCCUGCCCUGGAACACGUGGCGCUUGCUGGCAGUCGCCACGUGGCCUGGAAGGUGGAGAGUGGCUUUUCUGCCAACCUGCGCUUCCUGCACCUGGACCGUGCAAAGCUGUCGGGGUAUGACUCUGACCGCCACCUGACGCAGCUGACCGCCCUCACCACUCUGGUGGUGGACAAUGCUGACUGCCGGGACUUCCUAGCAUGCCUCUCCUGCUUCUCCUCCCUGCACACCCUCCGCCUCUCCAACAUCACCAGAGGCCUCUCUGAGCCCUAUCUCACGUGCCCGCCUCACCUCGCCACGCUUCAGAUCUGUCGCUGCGACCUGCCGCACCUCCCAUCCUCACUGCUCAAAUUCUCCCACCUCACUCGUCUCGACCUCCUCCACUGGCGCCGCUUGCACUCUCUCCCGCCUUUCCUCUCCGCCUUCACGUCGCUCCUCCAUUUCAAAGUUACCUGCGAUGGCCCCAUGCCCCACGUGCCUCCGUGCCUGGAAGAAUUUCUCCAAGGGAAGGGAUGGUAUGAGCAUUCGCCGUGUGAUGGGAGCUUUGAGGAUUGA